CAAAAAUAUAACUGACAAAUAUUUAUAUUCAAUCGUUAUAUUUAUAUAAAACAUUACAAGUAACUAAAAAUUGUAAUUUUAAAAUUAAGUUAAUUAAUUAUACAAAUAAAAAUUAUUUAAAACUCUUUGAUUAAAUUCAUAAAACAAGUCAAUGUAUAAAAAGUUAUCCCCAAUGGAUGAGCCUGAUACAUCAAAAUUGCAUAAACUUCAAGCGCAAGUAGAUGAGGUGACGGACGUAAUGCGAGCCAACGUUAAUAAGGCACAGGAAAGGGGUUAUAAAAUAAUAGACCUGAGCGAUAGGGCCGAUGCACUAGAGUCAGGUGCCCAGCAAUUUAAGCAGCAUGGUCAACGACGCCUUGUCCUCAACUAA